AUGAAUAACAGUAAUGAAUCAACUCCGUAUUGGGCUUCAAAUGAUUUUUUUACUCAGAUUGUUAAAAAAUUAAGUAGUGAUGCAUCUGUGAUAGGUUUUCGAAUUUGGUUAGCUACUGCUAAAGGUGAUAAUUAUUUAAGUGAAUUAUAUAGAGCUGAAAUCGAAUAUGAAACUGAAAGAAGAACUGAAAAAGUAACUGUGGUUAUAAAAAUAAUGCCUGAAGGAAAUCAAUCAGAAGAAUUUGUUAGAGAAAUGGGAGUCUUUCCAAAGGAAAUUUCUAUGUACACCAAGGUGUUACCAAAAUUGAGCAAAAUUUUAUAUGACGUGGGUAUUAAUACCGAAUUAUCCUCAAAAUGCAUAAAAUCAUUGGAUAUGAAGCCUACUGGUAUAGUUAUGACCGAUUUGGCAAUAGGUGGUUACAAAAUGGGAAAAAGGACAAAAGGCCUAGAUAUUGCACAUUCUACUUUACUUAUGGACAAAAUUGCACAUAUGCAUGCUGCAUCCAUUGUCAUGGAGCUAAAGGUGAAAGGGUUAAAUAAAUUAUUAUUUAAUCAAAAACAUCAAAGUGUAUAA